GGAAGCGAGCGCCGGGUUGGGAAAAAUGGCGGUGGUGGGCAACGCGGUACCCGGUGGGGUCCGGCCUUGCGGGGCCCGGCCCGGGGGUCAGCCCAGACCCACGCUGCAGCCGCGUGCGCUCCUUGCCGCCGGGCCGGCGCUCAUAACGAGCGGCGAUGAGCUGGUGGCCGCUGUGUGGCCAUAUCGGCGGCUGGCGCUUCUGCGGCGCCUCACCGUGCUGCCGUUCGCGGGGCUUCUCUACCCGGCCUGGCUGGGAGCUGCGGCUGCCGGCUGCUGGGGUUGGGGCAGCAGCUGGGCUCAAAUUCCCGAGGCCGCGCUACUGGUACUCGCCACCAUCUGCCUCGCGCACGUGCUCACCGUUCUCUCGGGGCACUGGUCUGUGCACGCGCACUGCGCGCUCACCUGCACCCCGGAGUACGACCCCAACAAAGCGACCUUUGUGAAGGUGAUGCCGACCCCCAACAAUGGCUCCACCGAGCUUGUGGCCCUGCACCGAGACAAGGGUGAAGACGGGCAGGAGGUGCUGUCCUUCGAAUUCCAGAAGAUCAAAUACUCCUACGACGCCCUGGAAAAGAAGCAGUUCCUCCCCGUGGCCUUUCCCGUGGAAAAUGCUUUCUCCUUCUACCAGAGCCACAGAGGGUUCCAGGAAGAUUCAGACAUCCGGGCUGCUGAGAAGAAAUUUGGGAGCAACAAGGCUGAGAUGGUGGUGCCCGACUUCUCUGAGCUUUUCAAGGAGAGGGCCACCGCCCCCUUCUUCGUGUUCCAGGUGUUCUGCGUGGGGCUCUGGUGCCUGGACGAGUACUGGUACUACAGCGUCUUCACGCUGUCCAUGCUGGUGGCUUUCGAGGCAUCCCUGGUGCAGCAGCAGAUGCGGAACAUGUCUGAGAUCCGCAAGAUGGGCAACAAGCCCCACAUGAUCCAGGUCUACCGGAGUCGCAAGUGGAGGCCCAUCGCCAGCGAUGAGAUUGUGCCUGGGGACAUCGUGUCCAUCGGCCGCUCCCCACAGGAGAACCUGGUGCCAUGCGAUGUUCUGCUGCUGCGUGGCCGCUGCAUCGUGGACGAGGCCAUGCUCACCGGGGAGUCAGUGCCGCAGAUGAAGGAGCCGAUCGAGGACCUCAGCCCAGACCGCGUGCUGGACCUGCAGGCCGACUCCCGGCUGCACGUCAUCUUCGGGGGCACCAAGGUUGUGCAGCACAUCCCCCCCCAGAAGGCCACCACGGGGCUGAAGCCGGUUGACAAUGGGUGUGUGGCCUACGUCCUGCGGACCGGAUUCAACACCUCCCAGGGUAAACUGCUGCGCACAAUCCUCUUUGGGGUCAAGAGAGUGACCGCCAACAACCUGGAGACCUUCAUCUUCAUCCUCUUCCUCCUGGUCUUUGCCAUAGCAGCAGCUGCCUAUGUGUGGAUCGAGGGCACCAAGGACCCCAGCCGGAACCGCUACAAGCUCUUCCUGGAGUGCACCCUCAUCCUCACCUCGGUCGUGCCCCCUGAGCUGCCCAUCGAGCUCUCCCUGGCUGUCAACACCUCUCUCAUCGCCCUGGCCAAGCUCUAUAUGUACUGUACGGAGCCCUUCCGGAUCCCCUUCGCCGGCAAGGUCGAGGUGUGCUGCUUUGACAAGACGGGGACUUUGACCAGUGACAGCCUGGUGGUGCGUGGCGUGGCGGGGCUGAGGGACGGAAAGGAGGUGACCCCCGUGUCCAGCAUCCCUGUGGAGACGCACCGGGCCCUGGCCUCAUGCCACUCCCUCAUGCAGCUGGACGACGGCACCCUGGUGGGUGACCCCCUGGAGAAGGCCAUGCUGACGGCCGUAGACUGGACGCUGACCAAAGAUGAGAAAGUAUUCCCCCGAAGUAUUAAAACUCAGGGGCUGAAAAUUCACCAGCGCUUUCAUUUUGCCAGUGCCCUAAAGCGAAUGUCCGUGCUGGCCUCCUAUGAGAAGCUGGGCUCUACCGACCUCUGCUACAUCGCAGCCGUGAAGGGGGCCCCUGAAACCCUCCACUCCAUGUUCGCCCAGUGCCCACCCAACUACCAGCACAUCCACACUGAGAUCUCCCGGGAGGGAGCCCGCGUGCUGGCCCUGGGGUACAAGGAGCUGGGCCACCUCACCCACCAGCAGGCCCGGGAGGUCAAACGGGAGGCCCUGGAGUGCAGCCUAAAGUUCGUCGGCUUCAUUGUGGUCUCCUGCCCCCUGAAGGCCGACUCCAAGGCCGUGAUCCGGGAGAUCCAGAAUGCAUCACAUCGGGUGGUCAUGAUCACGGGGGACAACCCGCUCACCGCCUGCCACGUGGCCCAGGAGCUGCGCUUCAUUGAGAAGGCCCACACGCUCAUCCUGCACCCCCCCUCAGAGAAGGGUGGUCCGUGCACAUGGCACUCCAUCGACGGCAGCAUUGCACUGCCCCUGGCCCCUGGCUCGCCCAAGGCACUGGCGCGGGAACACGCCCUAUGCCUCACGGGCGACGGCCUGGCCCACCUGCAGGCCAGCGACCCCCAGCAGCUGCUGCACCUCAUUCCCCACGUGCAGGUGUUCGCCCGUGUGGCCCCCAAGCAGAAGGAGUUCGUCAUCACCAGCCUGAAGGAACUGGGCUACGUGACGCUCAUGUGCGGAGAUGGCACCAACGACGUGGGCGCCCUCAAGCAUGCUGACGUGGGGGUGGCGCUGCUGGCCAAUGCCCCUGAGCGGCUCGUGGAGCGGCGGCGGCGGCCCGCCCGGGACAGCCCUGUCCUGAGCAACAGCGGCAGCAGGGGCAGCUCCAGGACGGCCAGGCAGAGGUCAGGGCUCCCACCCCUCGAGGAGCAGCCAGCCUCACAGAGGGACCGCCUGAGCCAGGUGCUGCGCGACCUGGAGGACGAGAGCACGCCCAUCGUGAAGCUGGGUGACGCCAGCAUCGCCGCGCCCUUCACCUCCAAGCUCUCGUCCAUCCAGUGCAUCUGCCACGUGAUCAAGCAAGGCCGCUGCACUCUGGUGACCACGCUGCAGAUGUUCAAGAUCCUGGCGCUCAACGCCCUCAUCCUGGCCUACAGCCAGAGCGUCCUCUACCUGGAGGGUGUCAAGUUCAGCGACUUCCAGGCCACACUGCAGGGGCUGCUGCUGGCCGGCUGCUUCCUCUUCAUCUCCCGCUCCAAGCCCCUUAAGACCCUGUCCCGAGAGCGGCCCCUGCCCAACAUCUUCAACCUGUACACCAUCCUCACCGUGAUGCUGCAGUUUGCCGUGCAUUUCCUGAGCCUCGUCUACCUGUACCGGGAGGCCCAGGCCCGCAGUCCCGAGAAGCAGGAGCAGUUUGUAGACCUCUACAAGGAGUUCGAGCCCAGCCUGGUCAACAGCACUGUGUACAUCAUGGCCAUGGCCAUGCAGAUGGCCACCUUCGCCAUCAACUACAAGGGCCCACCCUUCAUGGAGAGCCUGCCCGAGAACAGGCCCCUGCUGUGGAGCCUGGCCGUGUCCCUCCUAGCCACCAUCGGCCUGCUGCUCGGCUCCUCUCCUGACUUCAACAGCCAGUUCGGCCUGGUGGACAUCCCAGUGGAGUUCAAGCUGGUCAUCGCCCAGGUCCUGCUGCUGGACUUCUGCUUGGCGCUCCUGGCCGACCGCGUCCUGCAGUUCUUCCUGGGGACCCCAAAGCUGAAAGUGCCUUCUUGAGACAGCGGUGCUGGUACCCACCGCGCACCCCGGCUGCCGCCCUGCCGGGGAAAGAACUCAGCCCCCACACCCCGAGUAGGGGAAGACUGAGUCCUGCUAGCGGGACCAGCCCCGGGCCAGCACCUUUGGUAAAUAAAGCAGCACCCAAGAUUUUAAGAA